AUGCGUUCUAGGCUUUUUACUUUUCAAGCAUCACAUUCAACAAUUAAAAGUAAUAUAUAUAAAGACAAAUAUGAUGAGCUUCUCCAAGUUCUGGAUGUGCUGAAAAUACAAAAUUUGCCUGAUAAAUAUGAUAUCCAAUAUGGUGACAAGAGUGUAAGAAGGUUGGCUAUGAAAUUUGAAGUUGAUGAAACAUCGAUUGUUCGGAGUUUUUGUGCGUUUGAAGACUCAAAAAAUAAAUAA